UACAACCGCUUCCCCCUUCAUUUCUCAAACCCUAAUCCAUUUCGUUUCCUCAGAGAGCGAGAGAUCGGAGAGAAAGAGGAGAACGAGAUGGAAUCGGCAACAGAUCAAUCCGCUUCUCGCGAUCCAUCCAUGGGAGCAUCCAAGUUAAGGUACCCACUGCGUUCGUCGAGUAGGGCGAAGGAGGGGAAAUUGGGGACGCCGGAGGCUUUGAAUCCUUCUGCGUCAAAGAGGACCAAACCUUAUUCAGUUGUUAGCCAGAGUGUUAGUGUUCUAGAUCUCUCUGGAAAGGACAAGUCUGCUAAACCUCCACGAAGGCUUUCUAUACCAACCAAAACUGCUACUGGUCCACGUCCGGCACCAAUUGGGAGUGUGACUCCAACAUCACAGACUCGAAAUGUUAGAUCCGACGGUCAAGAGAAAAGCGACACUCCAGCUUCUGAUGUGUCAAGGUCUGCAAGUAGGCGUAAGUUCAGCACAUUAUCUUCAGUCUCGUACUGGCUCACUCAGAUUAAACUGGCAGAAGCAUCUUCAAAGCACUCGGUUUCCCUGGGUUUCUUUAAACUUGCACUGGAAUCAGGAUGUGAGCCUUUGGAUCGAAUGAGGGAAGAGCUCAAAGCAUAUGUAACCAGACAUGAUCUUGGAAAUGAAUUAGAGAGUUCUGUGAAAGAUCUACUCCAAAUUUACAAUAUACUAGAAGAUUUUGAGCAGUUAAAGGUUUCUGAAACUUGUUCGAAGCUCCCUAAAGAAGGAAAGCCAGAAAAGAACAACCAAAACUCUGCAACGACCAGAACAGGGAGCCUAAGACCCAUGUCAUUGAAUUCCAACUCUCCAUCUAUCGUAGACUCUAACAAGGGAGACAGUGCUCACAAGGGGAAACCUACUUCUAGGAUCAGGGGAUCUUACAAUAAGAAUACGGCAAGAGCAAUCCUUGUAAAAGAUUCAAAUAACAACCAAAUGGAGAACAAAAAUCCGAAGCAAAAGGGCCAGCAGGAUUGUGGAAAUGAAAACAACAACUGUUUGCCAAAUAAACCUAUUGCUGAACCCGUUGAUGAACUGCCAAAGGAGAUAUUACAUGAAGGCAAAGAAAACAUGGAUACUGAAUUAAUGGAGGUUGCUGGAGUUACUGAAUAAACUAAGACAACUCAGGCUAUUUCAGAUUCAGAAUUUUAUUGUUGGAUGUGAAGUAGAAAGUGCGUUUGCUUUAAAAUUUAGUUGUUGACAUGGUGUGGGAGCUUCUGUUAGAGUUUUCACACUAUGAGACAUUGAGAGGGUAAUAUGUUGUCUUUCGCG